AUGGAUGCCAGGUCACCCCUGCGAUCUGUAUCUAAUGCGUCCACACAAUCCAGCCAACAAGGUACAGUGCAGGUGAGGCCAAAGAAGGGCAAAACCAAAGAGGGUACGCCCGAAUGGAGGAGAAAGUUGGUCCGGGGCGAGUUACCCUCGGGAGAGCAGCGCGAUCUGUUCGCUCCUAUGGGCUUAGAGGGCGUUUUCAAACCUCCCACACCAGGAUCCGAGAAGACACAGCAUGAGGCGAUUCCGAGGAUGAAACAACGAGACGACUUGUGGGAUUUCGGUGAUCCUUCGGAUAAGGACCCCGGUACAAGUCCACAGGGGUCAUCGCAGGCACAGAACAUCGGCGAGAGCCAUGCUGCGAAUACACCGAAUGAUGUGGAUAGGCCGCUAGGGCCUAGUACUCAGUUACAAUCGAAUGCGAAUGUGAGCGACAGCCCGGAAGGAUCGCCCAAUGCAACAUUAGAAAUGCCGAAAGAUCCCGAGGAACCUCCUUCCAACCUCAACGACAGCUCAUUUGUUACCCAGGACGAUACCCAGAUGAGGUCAGCAACUGGGCUAGAGGACCUUCGCAACGAGGGUAUCACACCUAUCACCUUUUCACGAACCAAUACAGUGGAAGGUAACGGCACGUCAGAGGUCAUACGGUCAGCGUUGAAGCAAGUCACUAGCAAGCUUCAGAAGCUCUCUCUACCCCCUUAUGAGCGGCCUGAUUCAAGGGCGAGUGACAAAACUCGCAAGGGGUCAAUCACAACUCAGGAUUUCCUCAACGAAGCGACAAAGAUCAUGGACAUUAUCAGGUCAAAGGGCAGGAACGUAGGUGGGUUGUCGAGUGUAGAAGAGUCCGAGGCCGAAGACAAAAACGAAAGUGAAAGUUACGAGGAUGAAUCUACUCGAGAAGAGUUCUCGCGUCCCCCAAGUCGAGAGGGAGUGGAUAUGCGGAAAUUGCGAGAGCAACAGGAGACAAACCCUCGAAUACUAAGUCAUCUCAAGAAAUUUCAAGAGCACGAUGAUUUGGAGCUUGGGGAUAAUGCCUCGGUCGCUUCGCUGAGCUUCGAUAAUCAACAGGAUUCGCCUUUUCAAGUGGAAAACGACAAGGAAUUUGUCGGACAAGAUGAUGGAGCUGCCAUCAACCAGACGUCUGAUAAUAUGCAACCAGAUGAUGACAUAUUUGAGCAGCGCGAACGCAAGUCAUCCGCGCCGACUUCUGGUGAAGAUGACGACCUGCCUGAUCUCUUGACUUUUAACACGCAAAUAUCAGCUAAAAGCCUUAGUGCACGCUCGGUGCCUACCGGGUCUUCACAAAGUUCGCACGCUAAAGGUGUCCUAUCGUCCGACAUAGUUUCUCAUUUGAUCCCAGAACAGGUGAACGGCCUUACUUAUGACCGCCACAAGCAUCAAUGGAUAAGGGAAAGGCCCGAAGUUUCUUUAGAAAAGCCCAAAGGGGAAGAUAAGACUCAAACGGCGGCUAAUCACACAUAUACAUCUGAACAUGCCUCGUCUCGCCACGCUAUUUCUAGAAUAGACGAGACAAAUGAAGAGCAAGGUGAUAGCCUGAGUUUAGUCCGACGGGGCAAUGAUGCUGUAUCUACGCCGCUUAAGAGUCAUCCCGAGAACUCGCUUAUGUGCCUGCGUGAUAUGGACCAUGACACGAACUAUAGCUUCCACUUGAGCCCUUUGCCUGACUUUACUGUCCACCAAAUUGACCCUUCUCUACAGCUAGAGCUUAGCUAUGUGGCUCAGCGCACCCAUCCCCGAUCUUUGCGCCAGGUGCAUGGGACAUUUGCUCUAGCGACUGAAGAGUUAGUGAAACAUAUUACAGAAGCCGAACCUUUUGAACCCUAUUGGGAGCAUGUCCGACGUUUAGUCCUCCGCCAGAAAGGUUUGAUCACUCUUCACAAACUUUGUGACUUUUGUCCUCGUCUUGAAGAUUUGGAUGUGUCUAGCAACAGUAUUGGACAGUUGAGUGGGGUGCCUCCCACCUUGAGGACUCUGAGAAUAUCGCAUAACUGCCUCUCUAAUUUAACAGCCUGGGGCCACUUAGUGAACCUGCAAUAUUUGGAUGUCUCUGGCAACGAGCUUGAGAGCCUUGAUGGAUUCAGUAGUUUGAUUCACCUGAGGGAACUAAAAGCGGAAGACAACAAUAUCCGAAACAUCGAGGGCAUUUUUGAACUGGACGGACUUCUCAGUCUGAAGUUGCGGAACAAUAGCUUGACGACUGUCGAUUUUGAGGACUCAGAGCUGGUUCGCUUGGAAGAGUUAGAUCUCAGCCAUAACCAACUGAUGUCAAUACAAAAUAUCGAGUCACUUUCAGCAUUGUCAAACCUCGACCUCAGUUUCAAUCAGCUGGCUAGAGUCGCUCCAUCGGCCCCUAUGCCAUACUUAUCAUCCCUACGACUCUCCAGUAAUCAACUGCAUAGCCUGGAUGUUACAGCCUUCCCGUCGCUUACCCUUCUUUACCUUGACCACAACUACCUUUUCACAGUGUCGGGACUUGAACACUGUGCAGGUUUGGACGUCUUUUCUGCUCGUGAGCAGAUGAAUACAGGCGACCACAAUGGCGGUUUCUUCGAUGUGGACCUGGGCUUGGUAAAGGACGUCCGGAAAGUAUUCCUCUCUUGUAAUAAACUGUCUCUGCAGUGCCUGUCUCCGUCCAACCCGCUUUCGGGCUUGCAACUGCUCGAUGUUGCAUCUUGCAGCAUCCAAAGCCUGCCCGCGGAUUUUGCACUCAGUUUUCCGAACAUCAGGGUUCUCAACUUGAAUUUUAACUUCCUGGCCGGUAUCAAUGAACUGGCAGGCUUGAAUUGCCUUUCUCGCCUGACCAUUGCCAGCAACUGCAUUGUUCGCUUGAGGAGGCUGUGUCAAGUCUUGAGUCGGAUAGGAAGAACAAACAAGAAUAAGGUUUCUACCCUUCAAAAGGUAGAUGUAAGAGGCAACCCACUCACAGUCAGAUUCUAUCCUCCCGCCGUCACUGGAAGCGGGAGAGUUGGAGAUACAAAAAAUUUGAAAGUAGAAGAUGAGCCGAGCCAACGUGACCAAGCUGGGUUAGAUAUCCAAUCUGUGCUUGCUGAGUUUGGGCACGCUGAGAAUUCAGAGCGUUCGAUUAUCCAUGACCAGGACGAAGAACCUAUCGCCGAGAAAGAUAUCGAAAUCAACGACCCAUAUACUCUGCCGCCAGCGGACCCCCAGGCCGACCAAAAAUAUUUAUCACACUUGGAUGAGCCGACACGGCUCCGACGCAGAGUAUUCGAACUGAUGCUGUACGCGGGAACAGGCGGCUCCCUCAAAUUCUUGGAUGGACUGCAGUUGCGUCCCACGCUCGAACCAGGCUCUGACAUGGAUCACGCUUGGAAUAAGCUUGAGAAACUUGGAGUACUGAAAAGAAAAGCUAUUACCGGAUGA